AUGGAUGAUAAGGGAAAAGAACUUUGUCCGCGCUUGAUUGACUACUUGGUAAUAGUUGGUCGACGUCGUGGAAAAUAUAUAUCACAGACAAGUAUUAGUGAUGCAUCACUAUCAUCAACAUCACAAAGUAUCACAACACCUGAAUUGUUAAGGCGUUAUCCAAACAAUGAUCACAGAGAUUUUUAUCUGCCAAUCGAUGUUACAGUAUUUUGUCAACCGGAAGGAUGUGUUACAAAAGAAGUACCACGGCAUUCACAUUCUCAUCGAGAAAUAAGCAGUUUUGUAUUCACGUUGACAGAGAAAGAUUCAGCAAAAAUUCGAUAUGGCAUUUGCCUAAAUUUCUUACAAAGUUAUGAAAAGAAUCGUGCAGUAUCAACGGAUGAUAAAAGCGUUUUGUAUAGUAAUCGUUCUCAUAAAAGAUUGGAUCAAAGGCUUUCAUUAACAAGCUUAUGCUUAAUUAGUCAUCAUCCAUUUCUUUCCACAUUUCGCGAAUUAUUGUUGCUAUUGAAGAAAUUGAUCGAUGGUUGUGGCAAAAGACUUAGCGAAGAUGGACAAUAUUCAAAGGAUAUAAUUUGGGCAAUACUAACGGGUUGUUGGACGGAACCAAUUCCAGCCCGCGUAAUGCAAGAUAUUCGAGAGUUGGAAACGUGGAUUCUCAUGCUAUUAAGUGCACCAGUUUCUGUUCCAGGAAAAACCAAGGUACUUUUGGAGGUGUUACCAUCAAAUAUUUUGCCAACUUUUGAAUUCGCUCUUCCCGAUCAUACACGAUUUUCUUUUGUUGAUUUUCCACUUCAUUUACCUCUCGAACUUCUUGGAAUUGAUACGGCUAUGAAAGUUAUGGCUGCUAUAAUGCUUGAAUCAAAGGUAGUUUUACAAUCACGCAAUUACAAUGCGGUCAGUAUGUGCGUGUUAGCACUUGUUGCAUUAAUGUAUCCAUUGGAAUAUAUGUUUCCCGUUAUACCUUUACUUCCAUCUUUUAUGCCAUCAGCAGAACAAUAUCUUUUGUAA